AUGGGGACAGGUCAGUCAUCUGGGCUUGAAGCAGCUUCCACACACAUACAAACAGCCUCCAUUAUCAUCUACUGUAUGAUAUUUAUAGUUGGAACUCUGGGGAAUGCUCUGGUUAUCUACGUGACGGGAUUCAAAAUGAAGAAAACAGUCAACUCAAUUUGGUUUCUCAACCUGGCCAUAGCUGACUUUCUUUUCACAGCCUUCCUGAUUUUCUCGAUCAUUUCUCUCUCUCAGAGUCACCAGUGGCCUUUUGGAGCAUUCUUGUGCAAGCUCAACAACUUUGUCACUUUAGUCAACAUGUUUGCCAGUAUCUUUACUAUGACAGCUAUAAGUUUGGAUCGUUGUUUAUCCAUGGGGAUGGUGGUGUGGGCACACAACAAACGCACAGUCUGCAAAGCUCGGAUCAUAUGUGUUGGUAUCUGGGUGACUGCUGCAAUCUGCAGCACUCCUUAUGCCACUUUUCGCACUUUGUUGGAACAUAAUGGGACAUAUUACUGUGGUUAUUCUAUGACACAUGAACAAAAAUGGAGUCUCCACAUUUUUCGCUUUCUUGUGGGCUUUGUGAUCCCUUUCCUGGUAAUAGUCGCCUCUUAUGUGGCCAUAGGGAUCCGUGCAAUCCGCAUGCAGACAACAAGGAAACACAGAUCUUGCAGAAUCAUUUUUGCCAUCAUUUUUGCAUUCUUCAUCUGCUGGUUGCCCUUCCAUGUUUUUAACUUUAUAGAAUUAAAGGCUAUGAAUAACCCAGACCUCUGGACCAUUGUUAGAAUCGUGGGUCCUCUGACUGUGAGUCUGGCUUUUCUGAACAGCUGCCUGAACCCAAUCCUCUAUGUUUUCAUGUGUGAGGAAUUUCUCAAGAAGCUUCGGCAGUCCAUAUGUUUUGCACUUGAGAGUGCUCUGGCAGAGGACCAUGUGUCCAGUCACUGUACGUCAUCAACCAUUUCAAAAAUGUCUCAAAAGUCAGAUCCUGCUGCAACUUUAAAAAGAAUUGACCCAGCCGUUUAUGAAAACAUCCCAGUAAGCAACGUGAUCAUCACUGAGGAGAUUCCGGUCUCCGAGCAGCUGUUGUCCUUCUCUCCUGGAUCGGCUGGAGCUUUCUUUUGGCGCCUUCCCAGCUUUGACAAAAGAAAGCUGCUACAGGCCAGUGGACACUGUUUCAAUGGUGAGGAUGUACUCAUCCUGGACAGGGAGGAACGCUGGUUUGAGCGUGGAGUCAAGGAGGCCAUUUACGUGAAAAGGGAAAGACCAUCUCUGAAUCGAGGAGGAGGACUAAAGGUACAUCUUUACAAUGCUGUGAUUGCAGCCAUUCCCCUACUCCCUGUGAAUGGUACUCACGGCCAUUGA